AUGGCAACGACUUUUCAUGAUACCUCGAAAAUGGCCGACGACAGGAUUGAUCAUGUCGAGGAAGGCAAGACUAUCCAGCCUGUGCUCGGACUGGAGGACGACAGAGUCGCGGCUGUGAUCAAGGCGUCCGGGCAUACAAUAGCCUUGACGCACGAGAACGACAAGAGGGUACUGAAGAAGAUUGACACUCGCAUUCUGCCAGUCAUCCUAGCCAUCUACUUCCUGCAAGCUCUGGACAAGGCGACACUGGCCUAUGCUUCUGUCUUCGGUCUGGUACAAGAUACCGGUCUAGUCGGAAGGCAGUACAGCUGGUUAGGCGCAAUUGUAUAUGUCGCCCAAUUAGUGGCUCAGCCGGCACUGGCUUACAUAUUGGUCAAAUUCCCACUGGGAAAAUUCAUGGCAGUUACCACUUUGUGCUGGGGAAUUUCCUUGACUUGUAUGACCGCAGCGCACAAUUUCGGAGGACUUCUGACAGCAAGGCUGUUCCUGGGCCUGUUCGAAGCUGGUGUAGCGCCAGCUUUCAUUGCACUCACACAGAUGUGGUGGAGGAGAAGAGAGCAACCAAUCAGACUGGGUGCUUGGUAUGCCAUGAAUGGCAUCACAAACAUGCUUGGCUCCUUGUUGACCUAUGGCAUUGGUCAUAUUAAGUCGCCUGUCCUUAAGGAGUACCAGAUCAUUUUCCUGUUCUUUGGACUGAUCACUGUGGCAUACGCCUUUGUCGUAUACUUCUUCCUACCCGACUCACCUAUGACAGCUCGCUUCUUCACAAGCGAUGAUCGACUGGUUGCAGUUGAACGUUUGCGCGACAACCAGCAAGGCGUGGAAAAUAACAAAUGGAACUGGCAGCACGUCCGCGAAGCGAUCCUGGACUACAAAACUUGGGGAUGGUCAGUCGACGAUCGCUUCUUGCAGAUGCGGUUGAAAAGAUGGCUUACUAUUGUCAUAUUAAGCCCUCAGGCGCGUGCACUCGAAACAGUGCAGGCGCUUUUAGUCAUGGCUUGCUGGCUACCUGAAAGGUCACUAAUUCUGGCUAUUGCAACCCGCAUGGCUUUGGAGCUCCAUCUCGACGAUGCAUUUGAUCACCUUGUUAGUCUUUCCUUCAGGGGUGCUGAUAUCCCCGAGUCCUUUGUUCUGAUGAAACGAGCAAGAACGUGGUUCGGCCUCCUCGUUCUUGAGAAAAUUCUUCAAGUCGAUGCUGGGAGCCUGCUGGGCCUCAAACUAAAAGGCGUCCGUCGCUGCCGCGUAUUGUUGAACAGACCAUUCUCAGCCACUUUGGAUUCCCGGCUAUUUUCCCAAGUCGAAUUGAAUCACCUUCGUGCUAAGAUCAAUGAAAAUCUCCUGAACAAUCAGGAAGGCAUUCUGCAAGCUGUGCAAGAUGCAAGGGUCGACCUCGAUGUCUGGUCACAGGAUUGGCUCAGAAUCAUGGAGAGCUCGCCUCUAUCGGGCUCCGAACUACCGUUAUUGGUUACGAAUUUGAUGGUGCAAAAACACUGGGCUGAUGCGAUGGCUGCACUCAGAGCUAUUCGUGCUACCGGCAUUCACAACAUCGACAUCAUGUCGCCAGAACAGAAGGAAGUCCUGCGUAUGGCUAAAGAAGCCCUCCAAGAACACCUCGAUAUUCUCGUGGCUCAACCCGAGUACAUAGAUAAUUUCAGAUACGCUAUGGAUUUCGUAUGGGCGAAAUGCGCCUUCUCGUUUCUCCUGCUACUCAAGUUCACCAUCUUACUGCCGGAGACCGGAGAUCACGACCUGCUACAAAAAGGAAGGACAUUAUGCCAGCGGGCCGAGCAAUAUUCGGGUCACGGCGCCAGUAAGAUCUAUUUGAGACUUCUCCUGCUCGGCAUUGAGAAAUAUAGUUCUCGAGAUCAAGUACAAUCGGCGGAGCUCGACACCUUUAUUCCAGACGAGUUUGUCUUCGAAUGGGACUUUCCAGGUCUGAAUUUGUUCUCUUCACCACGGGGCUGGGAUUUGCUGUUCGAUGAGUACCUAUUGGGCGAUGACCUCUUUGCGGGCAUAGGCACUUGA